AUGGCUACUAAAGGGCUUAGAGGCCUUCAACCUAUGCGAUGUCUGCAAUCCACUUCAGCGUUACCCCGCAUGGCCAGAAUGUCGACCAUUGCUUCUUUCAAGAUACCCAAGGUCUCUAACGAGCCAAAUCACCAUUAUACCAAGGGAUCCUCCCAACGCGAAGGUCUCACGGCCGCCCUUGACAGGCUCCAGCAAAAGGUUCCCCUGGAGGUACCAGUUGUUAUUGGAGGCAAAGAAAUAAAAACCUCCUCGAUCUCCACUCAACAAAACCCCUCAAACCACUCCUCCACAAUCGCCGCCUACUCCAACGCCUCCCCCUCCGACGUAUCCUCCGCCAUCGACGCAGCUCUCGCCGCAAAGCCAGCAUGGGAAGCCCUCCCCUUCGCCGACAGAGCCGCCAUCUUCCUCAAGGCUGCGGAUUUGAUAGCUGGGAAAUACAGAUACGAGAUCAUGGCCGCGACGAUGCUGGGUCAGGGCAAGAACGCAUGGCAGGCUGAGAUCGACGCUGCUGCUGAACUGGUUGACUUCCUCAGGUUCAACGUGCAGUUUGCGGAGGAGCUAUACGCGCAGCAGCCGGCUCACAAUUCGCCGGGUGUGUGGAAUAGGGUGGAAUAUAGGCCAUUGGAGGGCUUUGUUUAUGCGGUUACGCCGUUCAAUUUCACGGCUAUUGCGGGCAAUCUUCCUGGUACGCCGGCAUUAAUGGGGAAUGUGGUUGUUUGGAAGCCUUCGGAUUCCGCCAUUGCUUCUAACUGGUUGCUCUACCAGAUCCUUCUUGAGGCUGGCUUGCCGAAGAAUGUUAUCCAGUUUGUUCCUGGAAAUCCGGAGGAGGUUACAAAGGUUGUUCUUGAGCACAAAAAGCUGGCUGCUCUUCAUUAUACGGGGAGCACGGCUGUAUUCCGCAAACUUUAUGGUACUAUUGCCAAUGGUGUUGCUGAGGGCAGGUACCAGGGAUACCCACGCAUUGUUGGUGAGACUGGAGGGAAGAACUUCCAUCUUAUCCACCCAUCCGCGGAUAUCGAGAACGCAGCCAUUCAAACCGUUCGUGGAGCAUUCGAGUACCAGGGUCAGAAGUGCAGUGCCACGUCCAGAGCCUACGUCCCGAAGUCCGUCUGGCCACAGUUCAAGGAGAAAUUGGUCAAGGAGACUUCAGCACUCUCAAUUGGCGCACCAAACGACCCCAAGAACUUCAUCGGCCCGGUCAUUCACGCAGGAUCUUUCAACAAGCUCUCAGGCGUUAUUGACGAUGCUAAAAAGGACAGCGAGCUCGAGUUAGUUGUCGGAGGCAAGCAUGACAACUCAAAGGGCUACUUCAUCCACCCAACUAUCUAUGCUACAACCAACCCCCAACAUAAGCUGCUAUCUACCGAACUCUUCGGCCCUAUCCUCACAGUCCAUAUCUGGGACGAUACCCCCUCCGAUGCCUUCUCCUCUAUCUGCAAGGUCGUAGACAGUACCUCCGAGUACGGUCUCACAGGCUCCGUCUUCGCAACCGACCGCAACGCUAUCCGCUUCGCCGAAGAUGCGUUGAGGAACUCUGCUGGAAACUUUUAUAUCAAUUGCAAGAGUACUGGCGCUGUGGUGGGUCAACAGCCGUUUGGGGGCGCGAGAGGGAGUGGUACGAACGAUAAGGCGGGUAGUAUGACGUUUUUGACUAGGUUUGUAAGCGCGAGAAGUAUUAAGGAGGAGUUCAGUUCGACGGUCAAGGUUGAGUAUCCUAGUAAUGAGGUUUGA